AUGAAGGAUGUUAGUGAUCCCGACACGGAGGUCCGGAGAACAUCUUCCUUUGAUCAGACUGUGAGGAUCUGCAGCCGCUGGAAGGUUUUCCUUCUGCUGGUCUGUUUGUUCCACAGCAGCCUGAGUUCCCUGCUGGACUGUCCGCCUACCUGCACCUGCUCUUCCACCGAGAUCUACUGCAACAAGUCGGACAACAGCAGCAUUUCUCAGCUGCUGUCCUUCCACAUGGCGGGCGCGGAGAAUAUGAGCGAGAGCAUCGUGGACCUUUUCCAGAACAUCACCAGCAUAUACCUUGAGAACUGGAUAGGUCUGAAAGUACUGAAAGAUGUGGAUAUGGAGCUGUACCCUGGCUUACAGAGACUAACUAUCACCCGAAGCAGCCUGCACACACUCCAUCCUCGGGUUUUCUCCAAGAACCUCAACUUGCGCUUCAUAAACCUGUCUAUGAACCCCAUGUUGAAGACACUGUCCUGGCAUGUCUUUGAACAUCUGCAGCUCACAGCACUGCAUCUGGAGGGAGUGGUGUUUUCCUGCGGGUGUGAGAUCCGCUGGCUACAGCUGUGGCAGCAGAGAGGAGAGGCGGACCUGAGCAGCCAGCAGCUAACCUGCUCCACUGGACACACACACAUCCUGCUGCUGGACAUGAAUGUCACCAACUGUGACCUGCCAGUGGUCAGCGUCAGUGACAGCAACCUGACAGUUGUGGAAGGUGAUGAAGUAACAGUGAUCUGCAAUGGCUCUGCACUGCCAAUACCUGAGGUGGACUGGGCUGUUAAUGGCUUACACUCCAUCACCACACAACAGGAUAAAGUAUAUAACAACAGUAUUCACUCCAUCACCAUAACACUGGCCAAUGUGAAAAGGGAGGACAACAAUUUCUGGCUAAAUUGCACUGCCAACAACAUCGUAGGCUCCGCUAAUGCUUCUGUUCACCUAAUCGUUCACUUUCCUCCGUCCAUUGAGAAGCUUAAGGAGCCAGAACGCCGCCAUGACACAUGUAUAGAAUUUACUGUUCGGGGUUCACCUCAUCCAAGCUUAAGAUGGUUUCAUGAAGAUAAGGAGAUUUCCCACAAUGAGUACAUCCGCCAAGAUAUGGAUAUUUACAAUGACGACUUGGAGGGUUGCCUUCUUUUUAAAAACCCAACGCACUACAAUAAUGGCAACUACACUUUGAAAGCAACCAACUAUCUGGGUGAGGUCAACAGGACAGUGUAUGGACACUUCCUCGAAAUGCCCCCUCCUGAUUAUGACUAUGGAACUCCAACUGCAGAGACUCACAAACCUUUAGAAGAUCCUUUUGGGGUCUCCAUGGCCGUAGGUUUGGCAGUGUUUGCCUGUGUAAUCCUUGUGGUUCUCUUUGUUCUGAUCAACAAGUAUGGACGACGUUCCAAAUUUAUCAUUAAAGGCCCAGGAGCAGUGAUGAGUGGGGAAGAAAACUCUGCCAGUCCGCUCCAUCAUGUAAAUCAUGGCAUUAUAAGCCCCUGUGCUCUGGAUGUUGGGUUAGAUUCCGUGGUGAUUGGCAUGUCCAGGAUCCCCAUUAUAGAGAAUCCACAGUACUUCAGACAUGGGCACAACGGCACCAAACCAACCACUUAUGUUCAACACAUUAAGCGUCGGGAUAUCAUUUUGAAGAGGGAGCUUGGUGAAGGUGCCUUUGGAAAGGUCUUCCUGGCUGAAUGUUAUAACUUAAGUCCAACCAAGGAUAAAAUGCUGGUAGCUGUAAAGACUCUAAAGGACCCCACACUUGCAGCUAGGAAGGAUUUCCAGCAUGAGGCAGAGCUGCUGACCAACCUGCAGCACGAACACAUAGUCAAGUUCUAUGGAGUGUGUGUGGAUGGAGACCCUCUCAUCAUGGUUUUUGAAUACAUGAAGCAUGGAGAUCUCAACAAGUUUCUCAGAGCCCAUGGACCAGAUGCCACAAUCCUAGUAGAUGGGCAGCCUCUUCAGACCAACGGGGAGCUGGGUCUGUCCCAGAUGCUUCACAUAGCAAGUCAGAUCGCAGGGGGGAUGAUCUACCUGGCAUCCCAGCACUUUGUCCAUCGUGAUCUUGCAACAAGGAACUGUUUGGUGGGGAAUGGCCUUCUGGUGAAAAUAGGAGAUUUUGGCAUGUCCAGAGACAUUUACAGCACAGAUUACUACAGGGUUGGAGGUCACACCAUGCUUCCCAUUCGUUGGAUGCCCCCAGAGAGCAUCAUGUACAGGAAGUUCACCACAGAGAGCGAUGUCUGGAGCUUUGGAGUUAUUCUGUGGGAGAUCUUCACAUAUGGCAAACAGCCGUGGUUUCAGCUCGCCAACAAUGAGGUUAUUGAAUGCAUUACCCAGGGCAGGGUACUAGAGCGCCCAAGAGUCUGUCCAAAGGAAGUCUAUGACAUCAUGCUGGGCUGCUGGCAAAGGGAGCCACAGCAGCGCCUCAUCAUUAAAGACAUUCAGAAGAAGCUUUUGGCCCUGAUGAAAUCCACACCAGUUUAUCUGGACAUAUUGGGAUGAGAAAAAGGUUCAAAUGUAAUCCUGGAGGCAAAGGAACAAAACUCUCAUACAAGACCCCAAUCAAAUCAACAUGUACAGCAGGAUAAAGACUCACAUCUGCUCUACAUCUGUUUUACUUAAUAGAAGCCAAACUACCUUAAAUAAUCCUGGAAAUUAGGUAGACCAAAAAGAACCUAAGAACCUACAAAAGAUAUUGUAGAUUUUUUUUUUUUUACAUGAACUCAAAGCAUAAGACUCAUUUAGAACUACACAUUGUAUCAAACUGGAGGUAAGUUUGUCAACAAUAUUGCCCUAGUCUGGAUUAUUUUAACAUCAUUUUGAAUAAAUUGCUCCACCCACAUGCAUAGAUUAUUGCAGCAUUGCUUUUUCAGUCCUGACCUACAGUAGUCAUUUUUGUAGUUUGGUGAUUUGUGAGAUAUACUGCCAUAGAUGUCACUGUAUGUGCAUACAUGUUAAUCAGAAUUAAUUUUUCCACUCUGUUGUGUUCAGUACUCAAUAUUCCAGUACUUUGUCAUUUUAUAUGCAUAAUAAUAAAAAGAUUACAUGCACUAAACUCAAAUAACAUUCGUCUUCAGUCUGGUGAUUCUAUAGCUUCAUGAAGGACAUGAUCGAAUGGUUCUUAUAGAUGGCAGAAGGUUAGUCACUAAGUCUGCUAGCGCAAUGUCUUAAAAUAAAAACGUACUCUUUCUGUAUAAAAAUUUAUUUUAAAAAUGAAAGUGAGAUCCUGAUGAACUCAACGUUUUACCUUCAUGACAGAAAAGUCUCAAUACAUAUACUAACACUGAGAAACCAUUAGUAAAUAUCAACUUUGCUGAUUACAUUGCAUUUUGGCAAUAUGACAUUGGAGAUGUUCAGGAAAGUAACGUUUUUGCACACAAAUGAACAAAGUUUCCAUCUCCCCACUUUACCAUGAUAUUACUAUAAUUUGAAGUAAUCUUUUUGACAUUAAACACAUAAUGUAAACAUGUCCACAAUGUAUAUACAUGAUAAACGAUAUGCAUAAUCUGUAUACAUAAUGUGUAUAAUGUUGCACACAUUAUGAAUAAACAUAAUGUGUAUACAUUGUCCAAAUGUAAGAAACAUUUGGGCCAUGAUUCUUACAUGAAGCUGAUAUGAUAGACUGUUUGCAUGUUGUUCGGUUUAGUGUCAAUACAUAACCACAUUAUGAAUGUGUGCAGUUUGGCAUGCCUGACUUAGUACAAAGCAUUGUGUGUGACUCCAGAUCCCACAAGUCAUUGCACAUUACACUUUAUAUUUUACAUUAAAAAGUGUGGAGCGCUGUACAGUAUUCCCAAAACUGUCCUGAACGCUCUGACCGAGUGAAUAUCUUACGCCUCUUCGAAGAACUUCAGACCCGAACCAUAGACCAGGAUUUUGUGCAACUAGCAGCACUGACCACAUACUGUCUUCCUGCUGCCAUGGUAACAAGCUUACCUGUAACCACAGAUGGAGUACUGACCCAAUCAUUCAGUUCCAGCCAGCUGUUUUCUUAGUGUGUUCUGACCACCAAUGUAGUAAGUGCACAUAUGAACAUAAAUACAAGGCGACACAUUCCAGGCUAAUUUAUUAGAUUAAAGUUUUUUUGUUUUGUUUUGGGGGUUUUUAAUAAGGUACUUUUGAUGAAGCAGACUGAACAUUUAGAUUCUUCUGUCACAAACACAGAUCACAAGAAUAAUCUCAUUUUACUGUAGGUACAUGUUUAACACAUAUUUGUUGAAGAUUUAAGUUAACUUUCAAGUGUAACAAGUACUGGUGCUUCACAGGGACAUUUCUGUAAGUCUGUGGGAUUAUCAGAAUAAACUGAAAGGAAAAAUGUUGGAAACCAAUUGAUUCAAAACUACAUCUUGUGGCAUACAGCCAGGCAUCAAAAUACACCAUUUUACCAGCUCUGCUAGCUUAUAGCAUCACUCAGAUCUAUUCUUUCUUUAGCACUUUGUUAAUUUUAAGGACAAUGAUGUCUAAUUUACAUAAUUAAACACAAAUUUUACUGUUGGAAAACAUAUGUUCUUCUAGAUAUGAAGCUGAGAAAUCCAGUCAAUUUUAUUAAUUUGUCUUCAUGUUCUUGUUCAACUGAGAACAAGACGAUAUUGUUUCAGAGGCAACCUUCACUGUACAGUCAUAUUCAAUAAAUUAGAAUAUGCACUCUAAUGAGGGUUGUUAGAUUAAAAGUACCUUUUGAAAAUAAUAUCCUAAAAGCAGGUAUGAUACAUACUUUUCAUUAAGCUCGCAUUUCUGUAUUAAAAAUAUUUGUUGAUUGGUCUGAUGUAAUAUUCAUACUUUAGAUGUCUAUUUGUAUUAGCUUUAGGUGGAAAAUUGUCAUUUUA